CCUUCCAAAUUCGUCCCCAGUACCGGCGACCUUUUUCAGCCCCUCCCAAAAGGUCCACCACACCUUGAGAUCUCGUCCAGUGCGAUGCAAGAGACCAGGGGCCCCACCGCCAAGCUUCCCUCCGUCUCCCACUUCGCCGGCACCAGCCCUCCCCCGUACCCCCACUACUACGGCACCUUCUCCCCUCCGCCUCCGCCGCCGGCCGCAGCAGCCGCCUACAGCCCCUCCCUGAACGGGUGCGGUGCUGAGAGCGUUGUUGCUUUCCCGUGCACCGUCCAGCAGCAGGUCUUCGCGGAGGGCCUCCCAGUCCGGGAGCCGCGGCUGCCUUUCUGGGGCGUCGGCAUCGGCUGGGCUUUGUUCUUAUUCGGGUUCUUCUUGGCUGCAAUUCCCUGGUAUACUGGUGCUUUUCUUCUAUUCUUUGUUGCAUUGGAUCACCGGGAGAAGCCUGGAUUGAUUGCCUGCACAAUUGCUGGCAUUUUUGCACUAGUCCCAUUCAUGCUCAAUGGCAUAAGAAUGCAACCUUUCUGGUGAUGCUGGAUGUCAUCAAUCCAAAUUGUAACUAUAAGCGCCACAUUCUUCAUGUCCUCUUUCGUUGAUGCUGGAAGUUGCAAUCCAAAUUCACAGGUUUCUGUAAUUUAAACACCAUAUGUCUAUAGUUGUAAUAUACUGCCCAUCCAUGUGAAGAACACAGUUGAUUAACAUAUGUUUUAAAAGAAUAUAUUUGCUUGGAUAAUAUUCACAGGGUUGUAAAUAUGUAACCUUUGUGGUGAAUUGUAGCCCAACAAUUUGUUUUAUGAGAAAAUAUGUUGUAAUUGGUAGCAA